AUGUCGCAGGUGAAGGUUUUAGUAACUGGAGCAUCAGGAUAUAUCGGCGGUAGUGUGUUACAGACGUUAGUGGAUGACUUUGGAAGCGACAUCUCUCUUUCUGCACUUGUUCGAUCUAAAGCAAAUUAUGAUGCGCUUAAAGAAAUGGGCGUGAAUCCAAUUUAUUUCAACGGUUUACAUGAUCUCGAAACCAUAAAGAGAGUCGCAUCUGAGCAUCAAGCUGUUGUCAGCUGCGCGAGUUCUCUUGAUGUGCCGUCCUGCUUGGCUUUGGUAGAGGGACUGGGGAUCGGAAAACAGGACACAGCGCAAGAUGUAUUCUACAUCCAUACUUCUGGUACAUCCAAUUUUGGAGAUCAUCCUAUCACGAAGACUGAGCUCAAGGACGUGACUAUUAGAACCGAUAAGGAUGACAACUACGAAUGGGAGAAGAAUAAUGCCGAUGCCUGGCCUUCCAGGAAGGUUGAUGUCACAAUUAUUGACGCCGGUGAACGUUUUGGUGUCAAAACUAUCAUUACAAACCCCCCACUGAUUUAUGGUCGGGGAAAUGGAAUAGGCAACCAAAGGUCAAUUCAAAUCCCCGCGCUUGUUGAAAUUUCUUUGAAGAAGCAGCAAGCUAUUGUUUUAGGGAAGGGCGAAGGUCUUUGGACAGUCGCUCAUAUCUCUGAUGUCGCUGCAUUUUACUCACUUGUGUUGAAGAGAUAUCUCGAGGGGCAAUCCAUUGACUCUGGAAAAAGCGGCUACUAUUUUCUUGAAAAUGGCGAGAUCUCGUGGCUAGAUAUUUCUAACAAAAUAGGUGAGGUAGGAUACUCAGAGGGCUUGUUUCCAUCGAAAGAGAUAAAAGAGAUCACUUUGGAGGCAUUUUCAGAGGCGCUCGCAAUUCCCCAUUUGAAAGACCUCAACAUGACUGAGGUAGUUUGGGGCUCCAAUGCUCGCAUUUCAGCUAUUAAAAGUCGUGAGAUUGGGUGGAAACCUCAGAAUGACCUCGCAGAAUUUUACAAAUCCAUUGAAGACGAGGUAAACUCUUACCAAGUUCAGGGAACUCAAGACUAA